GCACCGACAGACAUUACUUCAAUGCGUCUCAUCGACAUGCGUGCCCUGUGUCUGCUGCUGCUGCUGCUACAACUAGGCAGCAUUGUGCCUUCUACCAUCGCUGAGAGGAAUACGAACUGGCAUCACACUACUUUACCGGAGGAAAUAACGAUCUGGAUUGUGAGUGUGUUGCAUGAGUCAGACAGUGCUAAAAUGGGUCACCCAGCAGAUGAGAAUUACGGGGUAGUGGUUGUAGUGGACCCCCUCACCAAUCGGGUAGCUGGAUUUUCACCUUUCGCUGUGGCAUUACGGAACUUUGAUGACCUCUUAUCUCCCGGGUGCGUGAUCAAUUUGAAAGUCUUUGAAAACGCCAUCUGUGUGAAGAAACACAUGUUGAAUGGUUUCUCGCUUGUUUUUGGUUGUGCUCGUGUUUCCAAGGCUUCAAUGGAAGCUGACCUAUUCUUCGAACACCGGUGUCUUUAUUUGAAGGUCGCGACAGCUGAAGGGCUGUCAGCAGAGGCAGACUUCGUGCGAAAGAAUUGCAGUCCAUCAUCACCGGGAGCCCGUCUUGAACUUGAAGCGACAAACGCGUCCUCCACAAGGGAUGGCGACUGUGUCGCGAUGGACCAGACUUGCGGUGGAUGGAACCACAGGCCCUGUUGCGCGGGUUUGACGUGCCGUAAGCUUCGGGCUGCGAACACCUACGGUCGAUGCUCCGCCAUCGGCUACCUGCCUCGCCCUACCCACGUGGAAACCCCCACCACCACCACCACCGUGCCGAUAAGAUGCGACCGUCUUUCCACGUGA